AUGUCUGAAGUCAAGAAGCCAUUCAAGACCCUCGACUUCAAGUGUGCCCUCGUAACCGGCGGAGCAGGUGGACUCGGAAGGGCUUUCGCAGAGCACUUCCUCUCCCUCUACAAGAACGUCAUCAUCGCCGGCCGCACAGAAUCCAAAUUGCAAGCCGCAGUAAAGGAAAUGAAAGAGAACAAAGAACUCCACGGCGAGAUUUCCUACUAUAUUCUCGACACCGGCGACCUGGCCUCUCUCCCCACGUUCAUUUCCAAAAUCACCUCCGAGCACCCAGAUCUCGACUGUCUAGUCAACAACGCCGGAGUCCAGAGACCUCUAGAUGUCAACAACAUGAAGCCCGAAGACUUCCUCUCCAAAGCCGACCAAGAGAUCGCGAUCAAUGUCAACGGACCCAUCCAUCUCGCCGUUGGCCUCCUCCCACAUUUCAGGCAAAAGGAAGGCGCCGUCAUCAUGAAUGUCUCCAGCGUGCUGGGUUAUGUCCCCUUUUCCAUCAUCAACCCCGUCUACAAUGGCACGAAAAGCAUGGUUCACUUCUGGACCAUGAACCUCCGUACUCAACUCUCCAAAACCACUGCCGAAGGCGGAAACAGAAUCAAAGUCGUGGAGAUUGUGCCGCCGACUGUGGAGACGGAGUUACAUCGCGAGAGGGAGAAUCCGGAUGACAAUAAGAAGGAGGCGAAUGCCGCUGCGUUGUCGAUUGGAGAGUUCAUGCGGGAUGUGAAGCAUGGAUGGGAACAGGAUCGGGAUGUUGUGGCGGCUGGGAUGGGGAUGGGGCUUUCGGAUAGUUGGUAUGAGACUUUUGGGGCGGAUUAUGAGAAGGCUGCUUCGGGGUAA